GCGGGCGCGCGCCCCGCAGGGGAGGGGGCGGAGAGCGCGAGGAGGAGGGAGGAGGCGUCUCCGUGCGGGAGCCCGGCUGACCGCGCCAGACCCAGACAGAGCCUCGCGGCUGUGGCUGCAACAGGCGGCGGGCUCGGCUCGGGGGCGGAGGCAGCGAAAGGGCGGGGAGCGCGAGGAGGAGCGACCCGGCCCCACCGCUGCCGCCUCUUCCCCGCCGCAUGGACGAGCACCUCAGCCUUCUGCGCUCGCCGCCGCCGCCCUCAGCCCGCCACCGCGCCCACCCUCCCCAGCGCCCAGCGAGCAGCGGCGGUGCCCACACGCUGGUGAACCCCGGCUACGCGGAGCCCGCCGCAGGCCCCGAGCUGCCGCCCGACAUGACCGUGGUGCCCGGGGACCACCUGCUGGAGCCGGAGGUGGCCGAUGGUGGAGGGGCCCCGCCUCAAGGCGGCUGUGGCGGCAGCGGCGGCGGCUGCGACCGCUACGAGCCGCUGCCGCCCUCACUGCCGGCCGCGGGCGAGCAGGACUGCUGCGGGGAGCGCGUGGUCAUCAACAUCUCCGGGCUGCGCUUCGAGACGCAGCUGAAGACCCUCUGCCAGUUCCCCGAGACGCUGCUGGGCGACCCCAAGCGGCGUAUGAGGUACUUCGACCCGCUCCGCAACGAGUACUUCUUCGACCGCAACCGGCCCAGCUUCGACGCCAUCCUUUACUACUAUCAGUCCGGGGGGCGCAUCCGCCGGCCGGUGAACGUGCCCAUCGACAUUUUCUCCGAGGAGAUCCGCUUCUACCAGCUGGGCGAGGAGGCCAUGGAGAAGUUCCGCGAGGACGAGGGCUUCCUGCGGGAGGAGGAGCGGCCCUUGCCCCGCCGCGACUUUCAGCGCCAGGUGUGGCUGCUCUUCGAGUACCCCGAGAGCUCCGGGCCGGCCCGGGGCAUCGCCAUCGUGUCCGUGCUGGUCAUCCUCAUCUCCAUUGUCAUCUUCUGCCUGGAGACGCUGCCGGAGUUCCGCGACGAGAAGGACUACCCCGCCUCGACGUCGCAAGACUCAUUCGAAGCAGCCGGCAACAGCACGUCGGGGGCCCCCGCAGGAGCCUCCAGCUUCUCCGAUCCCUUCUUCGUGGUGGAGACGCUGUGCAUCAUCUGGUUCUCCUUCGAGCUGCUGGUGCGGUUCUUCGCUUGUCCUAGCAAAGCCACCUUCUCGCGAAACAUCAUGAACCUGAUCGACAUUGUGGCCAUCAUCCCUUAUUUUAUCACUCUGGGUACCGAGCUGGCCGAACGACAGGGCAAUGGACAGCAGGCCAUGUCUCUGGCCAUCCUGAGGGUCAUCCGCCUGGUGAGGGUCUUCCGCAUCUUCAAGCUCUCGCGCCACUCCAAGGGGCUGCAGAUCCUCGGGCAAACGCUGAAGGCGUCCAUGCGGGAGUUGGGGUUGCUCAUCUUCUUCCUCUUUAUUGGGGUCAUUCUUUUCUCCAGCGCGGUCUACUUUGCCGAGGCAGACGACCCCACUUCAGGUUUCAGCAGCAUCCCGGAUGCCUUCUGGUGGGCAGUGGUAACCAUGACAACAGUGGGUUAUGGCGAUAUGCACCCAGUGACCAUAGGGGGCAAGAUUGUGGGAUCUCUCUGUGCCAUCGCCGGUGUCUUGACCAUCGCAUUGCCAGUUCCUGUGAUUGUUUCCAACUUCAAUUACUUCUACCACCGGGAGACAGAAGGGGAAGAGCAAGCCCAGUACAUGCACGUGGGAAGUUGCCAGCACCUCUCCUCUUCAGCCGAGGAGCUCCGAAAAGCAAGGAGUAACUCGACUCUGAGUAAGUCGGAGUAUAUGGUGAUCGAAGAGGGGGGUAUGAACCAUAGCGCUUUCCCCCAGACCCCUUUCAAAACGGGCAAUUCCACUGCCACCUGCACCACGAACAAUAAUCCCAACUCUUGUGUCAACAUCAAAAAGAUAUUCACCGAUGUUUAAUAUGUGAUACAAGUGACAUGCUGUGCUCAGUAUUGUGUGGAACGUGCCCCCUUGGUCUGCCUAUGCCCUUGUUUUAUACAUUUCCAGACCAUUCAUCAAGGAAAGGACCUGAAGAAGUGGAAAGCACACUUCAUUCUCCCUCUCCCUGCUGCUUCAUACUGAAACAGGUGCCUGUUUUGCAAGUGGGCUGCAUUCUCUCAGCUCUCGUUUUCCCCCUUACCCUCUCUCUCUUAACAUUGUAAACAACAGACUUACAUUAAACUUCAUUUCUAGUACACGCCCUAUUUUAAAAAGAGCAGUACAUCCUGGGAGGAAAUGAAACUAAAGAACAGUUAGAGUAACUAACCUCAGAAUUUUAAAGGCAGUUGUUUCUUUCCUAAGCACAUCAAUUCGUAGUAAAUGAUGCUUCAGUUUGAUGGACCUUUCAACAUUAUUUAUUGAAUAUGUAUUUUGGUUGCCUACCCUGUAGAUAUGUGGAUGAAGAGUCUAACUAGAAUAAUGACUUGUAAACCCACCAUGAGUUAUUUGGUUUUUGACUGAAAUUCCUAUUUGAAUCCCCUUUCCCGGAAUUUUAAGGGUCUCUACAACUUUGAAUAAAGGGAAAUGCCCAAGAUGUCCUGAUCUGACUAAUCAGUUUAAUUCUUUCGGGCUUGCUAAGCAUUUUUAAAGCAUUAGACUAACAGAUUCCUGUGAAGUUCUGUGCAUAUGUCCCAGCCCCAACAUCUAUCAAAGUCUAGAACAGAUGUUUUCAGUGUUGCUGAGAGAAACAAAAAAUUUCCUAAUGCAUCUGAGAGAUAAGCUUCGGCAGUAUCACAAGAAGAUUAAAGUGGCAGACACCCCUUCCAGCGGAAGUUACUAAUUCGGACCUGACUGAUGCAGUUUCCAUAGCAACCCAUGUUUCCUGGGAAACCCGAAAAAGGUUGUCAUGGCAUCUCUUGCUCUCUAGCCCCACCUCCCAGCCACUGCCGUUUCCACAGUAACCUUUCCAGAUGGUUCCUACUUAAAUGAUUUCAUAAGGAAAACCACUGUUUGAAUAAGCCGCACAAAAAAUAAAGUUAAGUCUGAGACGCUAAGGAGGUGAAAUGAAUCCCAAAUGCAUUUUUUAACUAUGAAAAUCAUGUCAUUCCAUAAUGACUGAAUCAAGAAGGAAAAUAUGGUGUUUGGAAUGUUAGAUAUUAACCACAAUAAGGCAUGAUCUGGAUUAAAUGUCAUUUAUUAGGCAAUAAUUUUUAAAGAUGCUUCUCUACAGUUUUCUUUCUCCAAGAACUUUCAAGCCAACAAAUGAAAUUUAAAAGCAAAUGUAAAAGUGUUCUGUACAUAAGCAAAUGAGAGAUUCAAUCAGUGUGCCUGAAACCUUACUACAAGGGACCUUCAGGCUUUCUCUUUAAAAAAAAAAAAAUACAGAUCCCACAACAGCUCUGUCAUCAUCACAGCACUUGACAAGCUAAAUAAACUUCAAAUAAAUAAAGGAUGCACGUUUAAAACUGAGUGAAUUGCAGACAAUCAAUUAAAAGGAGGGACAGGAAGUAAACAGAUCUUGGGAGAACACCUGCAAGUUUCAGCCAUAUGCCAAGGGUUGCCAGAAGACAGACAGAAUCAGCAGUUCCAAGUCCUUCCCACCUCUCAGCUGUGAAUAGAAGUGAUAACCCUUCCCACUAAGAAAUGCAAAGAAGCACACGUGCCCCAUAAUCUGAAGACUUAUGGAAACACUGUGAGAUAGAGAUCCCUGAAGAGUCCCCCACAUAAAGAACUGUAGAGCUGCACUGACCAGUAGGAUGCUCCAUUUUAAAUUGCCUGGAUCAAGAAUGCAGUAGCAGUUAUAUCACUGAUGGGCAGUGAUCCAUCUGCCAGCACAUAUUUUUAUUUCAGUUGACAUUAAAUAAUAUGUCUCUAACAAAUGCUUUAUAUAAAGGGAACAACUCUAAAGUUGGAAGAUUUGCUUCAUAAUACGUGCAUAUAAAAGACAGUUCAUCAAGAGAUGAAGAAUGCUAAAAAUAUUAAGGUAUCGUUGCAACCUUUUGACAUUUUGAUGAAAUCUAAUCAUCCAAAAACUGUAAUCAGUGCUGCAGAUAAAGAAAGCCUAAAAUUUGUUUCUAACAAGCCAACUAUUACUGUUUUUUUUUUUUCAAUUAAGUAGUGGACUGUAUUUAAUCAUAAGAUAUAGUCAUGUUAUAUUCCAUGUUCUGGGUUAUGUGCAACUUUAUUUGUGAAGGUGUGUUUUGUACCAAAGGCUCUCAUACAUAGAUUAGCCCAUUUACGUAUAAAUAAGUGAAGUCUACACUGUGCCCAGAUGAAUGGUAUUAAAGACAGACUUGCCUAAAAGAAAUGUGCCUUGCUUGAUUAAACAUUCUUUUAUUUUUUAAUUCAAAAUGAUAAAUUUGCAAAUUAGCCUUAUAGGUUUUAGCUGAGCUGAACUUGACAAAAAUAUAUUAGUACUUAUUACAUGUUUUAGUAUUCUAUCUUAAUUAAAAUUGUAACGUUUAGUUAUACCUUCAACAGUUCAUAUAUAAUGUAUUCAUUUAAUUUUGUUUUCAUGGGAUGUUUGGUGUGGUGAGACAAAGCACGUUCUUAAAGAUAUAUAUAAUAUUUCAUCUAAUGUUUAUAGCUUUUCCUUCAAAAUUAUAUGUGUAAAAGUUUCCUUAACUCAUUUUCUAUUUUUAUAUUCUUUUAGAAAUGGAACUCUUUUUCAAUUAAAAAAAAGUUUUAGUUGGAAAAGAGAUUUAGGAGGUCAUGAAGAUGGCUUCCCAUUUGGGGACAUUUCACUUCUGUGCCAUUAAUGUAUUUACUGUGACAUUUCAGCAGAAUGGUAGCUAUUUGUAUAUUAUUUCAUAAGCCUUAUGGAAAGUCAAACUGUGAAAAUUUAUUAUAUAGAACCCUUUUUUAUUUCCAUAUUUUAGUUUCCAAAUAUACCUGAACAAAUGCAUAAAUAACCAAUCCUCUGUUAGUUAAAUGUAUAACCAUGCUAUGUUAUAAUAAGAGCACUUGUAGAAUUUUAGUAACUAUAAAAAUAUUUCAGUAGCAAAGCCAAGAUUAGAAAUGUUUUGAUCCCCUACAGAAUGGAAUACAAGUGAUGAAUUGCAUUGUAUGGGAAUCAGUAACUAAAACAAUCUUAUACCUGCAGCCAAACAGAUAGAUAAAUAAGAGAUACAAUCUAGGUAACUUUCUUUGAGGCAAAGUCUACAAUGAAUUCCUCACAAUCUGCUGGUAAUUUCUUUGUGUCAAAACUUUGAGACCAGAUCACUGCAGGAGAAAAUGAAAGUCUGACAGCUAUCUCAGAUUUGAGCUAUGUGAACUUUUAGUCAAGAUGAUUUGUGAUCAAAGUGAAAAUAUAGCCACUGCCUUGUCUUUGCUCUAUGUUAGCCCAUUUAGUAGAGAUAUGGGCCUGGAGAAUAGUCAGUCCAUUGCAGCAAACAUAAUCCUUAUAACUAAUUAUCACAGCCUGGGUAGCAGUAAAGUCAUGCACAUUAGCUACUAGGAUGAUUGAAACAAACUGAUCAACUGUGUUACAGGAGGUCUUAGACAUUCAGAUGUUUUAGUAAGGAUCAGUAGGUGUCACAAAAAUAGACACAAAAACUACCUUUAUAAAACACCAAUGAAACAACUGUAUUCAUUAUAGUAUAUUUAAUAUCUGAAUUAUUAUUACAGGUUACAGUUUCAAAUAAAGACAAAACCUGGAUUUUUGUGGUAAAAGCAUAGGAUGGUGUCAGAUGAGUAAACUGUCAUACUGAAUAUGAUUCACAGAAAGGAUAGUAAAAAUGCUACUGGUUUAGAUAACAGUAGACCAGAAUUUUUAUCCACUUUCUACCUGUGGGACCUUAGGUAAAUCAGUUACAUUACUAGGCUUCAGUUUGCAGGCUUGAAUUGCAAGAUGGGUGUGCUGGAUUCAGUGAUCUCCAAAGCCCUUACCAGUUCCCAAAUUCUCAUUAUACGCAUUUGAGAAAUGCUUUGAAGAAAACUUAGGGCCGCGUGUGAUGGCUCACGCCUGUAAUCCUAGCACUUUCGGAGGCCAAGGCAGGUGGAUCACAAGGUCAGGAGUUCGAGACCAGCCUGGCCAACAUAGUGAAACCCCAACUCCACUAAAAAUACAAAAAUUAGCUGGGCAUGGUGGUACAUGCCUGUAGUCCCAGCUACUCAUGAGGCUGAGGCAGGAGAACCUCUUGAACCCAGGAGGUGGAGGUUGCAGUGAGCCAAGAUCAUGCCACUGCACUCCAGCCUGGGCAACAGAGUGAGACUUCAUCUCAAAAAAAAAAAAAAAAAAAAGAUAGACAACUUAAGUACCCAGAUUUUCUUAUGCAGGAAAGAAUACAUGAAGUAAGAUUUAAGCCUUGAAAGUAUCAUAAAUAUAUCAUUCUUCAAAUUGAUUGUGAUGAAAGGAAAUAGGAUUCUUUCUCUUUAGAAUUUUCACUGAUCUAUGAUAGGAUCAAAAAAGUAGAAAAAUCAGUCUGCAGAAUGAAAACAGAUUAAUGAAAUAGCUAGAAAGGAGGGGAGAGCAUUUGUUUAGUUAAAUGUUAAGGUAACUUGAAAAUUGUCUAUGAAAUGCUAAAACUGUACCAGAGCCUUAUUGCACACUCAACAUUUUAAGCCUGGGAUCAGGGGAAGGUGGGAGAAGGUUGGAGUGAUAGAAGUGUUUGCCUUAUGAUCUCUUGACUCCUUUUACACAAGAAGCAGAUUGGUAGAGCUUAAGCAGGUGUCUGUGCUGUGGUGCUGGCUCUGCCAAAAACUCUCAUAUGCCCUAGGAAAGUUCCUUUAACUUCUCUGAGCCCGAGUUUAUCUGUAAAGUGAAGACUUUUUAAAUUUAGUAAUCUGUAUGUCUCUUCACCUCUGAGAAUUCUAUAAUGUUUUCAGAUUGUUAUAUGUGUACAUGUACGUGUUGCUCCCCUCUAGUCACUAAGAUGCCACAUAUUUCUAGUUGAGUGACUGAACAGAUUGCAAGUCCAAAUGUUCUUGUUUCUAAUAUUAAUAAUUGACCUCAGCAAGACAUAAAAAAAGUAAAAAAAA